GCCACUGUAACGGAGGACUGGGGCUUGGUCUUGAAGUUUUCAGAUGCAUCUGUAGAUGAAUCAUAACACCAUCAAGAUGUCGGGACGAUCAGGCCGCGCUGAGACCCGAAGUCGGGCUAAAGAUGACAUUAAAAAGGUGCUGGCCGCCAUCGAGAAAGUGCGCAAAUGGGAGAAGAAAUGGGUAACAGUUGGAGACACAUCCUUACGCAUAUUCAAGUGGGUGCCAGUAACAGAAACUAAGCAGAUAUAUCGCACCAAAUCCACAGGUGGAGAUGUUAGAGGGUUGAAAGAUGUGGUCCUGGAAAACACAAACUCUUUAUUGGAUUUCACCGAUGAAAACAGCAACCAGAGCUUUCUGUCGGACGUAUACCAGCCUAAAAUGGACAACAGCAGCAGCACCUCCAGCUCGCAGCAAGUCAGCCCUCCACAUACCUCCAGCCUCCGGACUGAAGACUCCCAGCCGCCAAUGCUUGGCCAGGAGAGUGUAGAUGAGCCAGUUCAUUCAGGACAGGAGGCGGCAGAUGAGCCACCUACUCUCAUCAAGGAGGACCUUCUGUCAUCAGGAUCUGUUAGGCGGAGCACUCCAGACACACAGGAAGAACUGGAUGAAUCAGGAGCACCUCCUUUAAAGAAGAUCUGCACAGGAGAAAAUGCUGUUCUGAGAUAGCUUAUUUAAAAUUAAUUUGUUAAAAUGCACACGAUACCUGUCCUCAGCUGUUGUAAAAUUAGCUAAGCUUUCAAUAUUUUUUGGUUCUGAUUACAUGUGUAUGCAGAUAUUAUUCAUUACAUUUCAGCUAAUGACAAAAAAAAAGUAUUUACUGCAGUUUUAAAGCUCUUUCAAAACUUUGAGAUCCCUGAGAAGAACGGAGAGGAUUUCCCUACCGUUGUUAUGUGCUGUAAAUGGCUAUAUUUCUGGAAUCUGUUUCUGACUUACUCUUUAUGCAGUUGGACUUUUGCAUGUCUCCAUAGGAUAUUGCUUUGUUUUGCGUUGUUUGAAAGUUUACUCGACAUUUUUAACAGGUGUUACAUGUGUAGCUUGACGCGGACUGAUGUUUAGUUGUGCCAAUGUGAAUGAAAAACCUUUCUGGAACAAGUUUUCUUUUGGCUCAUCACAUGCAAGAUUUUUUUAAAGCUAUAUAAUAUAAUUUGCCCUUGUUUAUAACUGAAACAUAUUUGUAAACCAUAAUAAAUGCUACUUUUCAUUUCAAAUCAUU